GUUUGCUUUCAGGGUGUUCAUCAUCUCCCAUGCUGCUCGGAGCUGCUCCCACUCAUUUCUCCCCUUGCGCCCUGUUCUGCUAGACCUCAGCCCGCUGCACUUCUCCCUGUUGGGAGCCAUGCCCUACCUCCUCCACGACUCAAAGCCGAGGCCACCACCACUGCCAAAGGAGGCACGUGUCACCCACAGCUCAGGGAAGGGCUACCAGGAGCUGAAGCAGGAGUGCCUGCGCAGCGGCUGCCUCUUUGAGGACCCUGACUUCCCCGCCAACAAUGCCUCCCUUUUCUUCAGUGAAAAGCCACCGAUUCCCUUCCUCUGGAAGAGGCCUGGGGACAUUGUCAAAGAUCCCAAGUUUAUCCUCGAAGGAGCCACAAGAACUGACAUUUGCCAAGGGGAUCUUGGUGACUGCUGGCUAUUAGCAGCCAUAGCUUCUCUCACACUGAAUGAGAAAACACUAGCAAGAGUAGUACCGCUGGAUCAAAAUUUUGGGCCAGGUUAUGCUGGGAUAUUUCACUUCCAGUUCUGGCAGCACAAUGAGUGGCUGGAUGUUGUGAUUGAUGAUCGAUUGCCCACCUUCAAAGACCGGUUGGUAUUCGUACAUUCAGCAGAACACAAUGAAUUUUGGAGUGCUUUACUAGAGAAAGCCUAUGCCAAGCUGAAUGGCAGCUAUGAGGCUCUGAAAGGAGGCAGUACAAUAGAAGCCAUGGAGGAUUUCACUGGGGGAGUGGGAGAAAUGUAUGAGGUUAAAAAAGCUCCUGACAAUUUCUAUGAAAUCCUAGAGAAAGCUCUGAAAAGAUCGUCAAUGGUGGGCUGCUCUAUCGAUACCAGCAGUGCUGCAGAGUCAGAAGCCAGGACACCCUUUGGCCUCAUAAAAGGCCAUGCUUACUCUGUAACCGGCAUUGAUGAGGUGAGCUAUCAGGGCCAGAAAGUGCAGCUCAUAAGAAUAAGGAACCCCUGGGGACAAGUGGAGUGGAACGGGCCUUGGAGUGACAACUCUCUAGAGUGGCGUUUGGUCAGCCCAUCGGAGCAGAAGCGCUUGGCUCAGACAGCACUGGAUGAUGGAGAAUUCUGGAUGAAAUUUGAAGAUUUCAAAGUGCAUUUUGAUAAGGUUGAGAUCUGCAACCUGACUCCAGAUUCCCUGGAAGACAACACUACCCAAAAGUGGGAGGUGACCAUCCAUGAGGGGAGCUGGGUCCGGGGAUCCACUGCAGGAGGAUGCAGAAAUUUUCUAGACACUUUCUGGACAAAUCCACAAAUCAAGCUGCAUCUGACAGAGAAAGACGAUGGUCAAGAUGACUGCACGUUCAUAGCAGCACUGAUGCAAAAGGAUCGCCGUAAACUCAGGAAGCUUGGUGCUGAAAUGCUAAGCAUCGGCUACUCCAUUUAUGAGAGCCCUGGUGGAGAUGAACACUUGAGCAAAGACUUCUUCAGGUACCACGCCUCCAAGGCCAGGAGCAAAACCUACAUCAAUUUAAGGGAAGUGUCUGACAGAUUCAAGCUGCCACCAGGUGACUACAUCCUCAUUCCAACCACAUUUGAGCCACAUCAGGAGGCAGAUUUCUGCCUGAGAAUCUUUUCAGAGAAGAAGGCCAUCACUGAGGAUCUGGAUGAAAAUGUUGCCAUUGAUCUCCCCGAGCCUCCAAACCCAACCCCAAGUCCACAAGAAUCUGAGGAAGAAAAGCAGUUCCGAGCACUGUUUGAGCAGAUCUCAGGAAAGGACAUGGAAGUAGCUGCAGAAGAACUUGAAUAUGUUCUAAAUGCAGUAUUAAAAAACACAAAGGAUAUCAAAUUCAAGAAGUUAAGUCUCAUUUCAUGCCGAAACAUCAUUUCUCUUAUGGAUACCAGUGGCAACGGGAAACUGGAAUUCAGUGAGUUCAAAGUUUUCUGGGAAAAACUGAAGAAAUGGAUAAAUAUCUUUCUUCGAUUUGACUUUGACAAAUCUGGCUCCAUGUCCUCCUAUGAGCUUCGCAGUGCUCUCAAAGCUGCAGGAUACCAACUCAACAACUACCUGCUGCAGCUGAUCGUCCUCCGAUACUCUGAUGAGCAGUUCCAAAUUGAUUUUGAUGAUUUUCUAAACUGCCUAAUUCGCUUAGAGAAUGCAAGUCGAGUAUUCCAAGCAUUGAGUGUGAAAAACAAGGAUUUCAUUAACUUGAAUAUUGGCGAGUUCAUCAACCUGGCAAUGAACAUCUGAGGAAGUCGGAUUUGGAUGCCAGGAGUCUCUUGUGCCAUCGCUGCCAUGACUUCUGCCCCAACAGCUGUGAUGCCCUUCUCAUGCAGACUUCAUCAGGAGCUUUUGUGUGGAGGAAGACUCAUGCUGCUCAUCUUUCUGGUCUCCAGCCCUGUUGCAUUCAGGAGUUCAACAGUCAGAUCUCAUUUUGUUUUUAAUUUCGAUAAAAGCUGUUGAUGGAUUUGUUACUGGGAGAGAUAUUUGGAUGGGGCAUACAUGCCUCUCAAGCAGACUGAAACCGAUGCCCCUGAGUGAACACAAUCUUUUAUGAAAUAGGAUUGUAUUUAGUUUCAGCACAGCACCGUCUACAAUGAUUAAACAUCUUUAUUGCUGCUUGGCUACAGAUUGCUGUAAGAUGCUUUUAAAAAUAUAAGGUUGCAUAAAA